GAUGUCACAUUAUUUGUUCCUAAAAUAAUUAUGUACAUCAGCUAAAAUUUGUAAACAGAAAAAUUAUUGCUGAGCUAGCUGCUAGCUGGAAGUUAACGCGUGGCCGGCCGGUGGUACAUGGUCCUUGAUUCUCUUGAGCAAGCAAUCCUGAAAUGGCGGAUACAACGCAGGAUUCUAACCAAUCAAAUGCCUCGAAUGAUGUUGAGAGGAAGUUGCCUCCAAUAAAGAUGACCAGUCUGAAACUACCAGAAGUCAAAGUUCAUACCAUCCACCCUCAUGACCUGGCCCGUGACCUCCACACCAUGGAGACCUACUUUAUGUUGGACUGUCGACCAGUACUGGCGUAUGACUCGUGUCACAUUGCUGGUGCAGUUAAUGUGAAUAUUGUGGGACUGCUCAAAAAGCGAUUUGUUGCGGGAAAGAUAGGCCUUGCUGACCUGGUUACAAGCGAUGAAGGAAAAGAAAAGUUUCAAUCGUGCUGGAGCUGUGAAUUCCCAAUGGUGGUGUAUGACGACUCAACUGCUGACAUGACAAAUCUCUCCUCGUCGCACAGUGUGUGGUUGGUGCUCAGUGCCCUAGAAAAGAUGGGACGAUGUCCCUACUUGUUACAAGGUGGGCUUACUGAAUUCAAUGUACUCCACCCUAGUCUAUGUGAGAUCAACCUUCCCAAGAUCAAGAAGGGCUUGGGCAAUACUCCGCAGCAGAGGGCCACCACUCCAGGUAUGCGUGACCAACCACUAGACUGGAAGACGGCUCCUCCCGUACAUGUACUCUCUUUCCUGGUACUGGGCAGUGAAAAAGACGCUCAGAGCAAAGACGUGAUGAAGGAGUUCUCAGUACGUUAUGUGUUGAAUGUGACCCCCAACUGCCCAAACUAUUUCAAAGAGGAUUCUGUCGAGUAUCUGAGAAUCAGUGUGACUGACACUGGCAGUCAAAAACUGAUUACACAUUUCUCUGAAGCAUUUGCUUAUAUUGAGAAAGCGCGAAUGUCAAAGUGCACAAUCUUAAUCCAUUGUAUGGCUGGCAUCUCUCGCUCUGUGACUGUCACAAUUGCUUAUCUCAUGCAGAACUUUGGAAUGAGCAUGCAGGAGGCCUAUCAGUUUGUGAAGGACAAGCGACCAGCUAUCUCUCCCAACCUAAACUUCAUGGGUCAACUCGUAGCCUUUGAGAAACAGCUCAAAGAGAACCAAUCCAGCGAUGACUACCUAGACAUCGAGAAUUUUCUACCGACAUCAGACCAAGAAUACCUCUCAGCUGAGAUUAAGAGGCGAGGAACUUUUUCAAAGAACGACUCGUUCACUAAACCAAACAUCUCGGCGUCUAAAAGUGCCGACUCAGCAGUGAGUGCUAAUGACCCUUGCCCUGAUCAAGUGAUAGACACCGGAAUAAAACCAUUUACUCUGAAAAUGCCUGGUCCACGAAAGUGUAAAAAACAGCCAUUGAAAGAUGACAUAACAAAAAAAGAAACGCCCAAUACAGGAACGACUGUCAAUGCUCCAUCUCUUCUGUCAGACUCUAAAUCAGACUAGCCUAUUAUAAUUUAGCUCUUCGUCUCAGUUAUGCACACACACUCACUACUUGAUCCGUGCAUGCCAUCUUCUAUUACAUGUAUAUACACUUCAUUAUUUCUCCACUUUUAUGAUUUGUGUUUUUAUUGCUUGUUAGUGGUUAAUAUGUGGUUUGAGAUGA